AUGAGCAACACCGACAGCAUCUGGCAACAUGAGGAGAUCGUGACCGCUACUCUACAGCUCGCCCGAACACUGCAAAAACAUCGGUUUAACGGUGCAUUCAACCUUACCGUCGAUCAACUAAUUCUAGCCGAAAACGGCCAAUUGCAAUGCAUCGACCUCGAUACGACGGCCAUUCCAAACGAAGUCACAAUCGUCGACGAAAUUGUUGAUGAGGUUGUUAACACUCGUACCGACCCUCGAUCACCACGGGUCGAAUACUAUUUUCAUAUUGCUUGUCCGUGGGAGGAAAAAGUUGAGCAUAUUACUUACGACGUCCACCAAGUUCCUGACAACAACCGAACCCAACUGCAAAGGUACUAUUAUCUCGGCAGCCUCCUAUCUGACACGCCUCAGCAAUGCAGUCAAAGCCUACAGGCAUUCAAGGAGCAAAUUGUAUCUCAGCAAUGGGUCAAUUUGCCUUCGUUGAAUAGACAUUGGCAAAUCGGAAAGCGUACUUUCCGAUUGUUUCAAAAUUACGGGCCGAAUAGAAUUGGCGACUACUCCAUCUUAACACCCGAUCGCAUCUCACGGCUCAAGGUCCAAGAAAUAGAGGAGCUUAUCCAACGAAUCUAA